GGGUGCCCCGGAAUGUGUACCGUGAGCACACACCUGUGCAGACGCCAUAACCGGUGAAUCGGACCCCCAACCAACAUGUCGCCCCGAUCCGCAGGCGUCCUCUGUCUGUUGGCUGUGCUCCUCUGCUGCUGUAUCAACGGCAGUGUCGCCGCACAGAAGAAGUCUAAAGAACAACUACUUUCGCAAGUCGACAGUGUGGUGAAGAACUUAAAGACGAUGAACUCCAAGCGAGGUCUGGGCGAGGAACACGUCAGCCGAUCUUCCCUAGGUCAGCUGUACAUGACGGAGCUGGAAGUGCAGCGCGCACUGCUUGCAGACCCGGACGAUUUGGACCUGCAGGAAGGAAUGAAGGAACUCAAGUCACUGGAAAAAGACCUAACUGGUCGUGGUGGAGCAAACAUCCCUCAAAUCCGCAACAAAGCUGACGUCCCGGGCGCUCUCGCCAAAAUCAUCAAGGAACGAGAACAACUGUUCUCCCAGGAACAGGCCAAUCAGAUCGUUCGCUAGAAAACGGAUCAACCAAUCAGAUCGUUCACUAGAGUACGGAUCAACCAAUCAGAUCGUUCGCUAGAGUACGAAUCAACCAAUCAGAUCGUUCGCUAGAGAACGGAUCAACCAAUCAGCUUUCGACUGGGAUAUCAAAUUUCAUACCUGCAUUUGGAUGCUUGGAUAUCUUUUUUUUAAUCCAUGUUUGUGGAAUUUUCACAUCUAUGGUCACUUCUCAAGCAAAAUGAUUCAUUUUCUGUGUUAAUAAUAUUUGCAGUGCAAUGAUUGAUUUUAGAUAAUUUUUUCUAUAAACUCAGAUUAUUUCUUAGCUGAACUAUAUUAUACACACACAUCUCACACAUUUGGAAUAUAAACCGUUGGUUUUAAGAAAAUGCACCACUGGCUGCUAUCACACCAUUUAUAGCAUUUUGGGGCAAUACAACCUGUAAAAGUAUACACAAGAAGGGUGAUAUUAUAUCCAUAUAUUCAUGAUUGAUAGCAAAAAGGUGUAACAUUAUAUACUGUGAUGUUACCAGGGAACUCAAAGAACAGGUGGUGAAAC